AUGCUGUCUGAGAGCCUAGUUGCGUCCGUCUUGGGAUCGGCGAAAACGCAGACCUCAUCGACGCUGAAAGACGUGGGGAUUUGCGUCCAGGAACUGCAACCAGCAUCCGCCCUGCGAUCAACGUUCAAGAAGAGCUCCACGCCUCCCAACGGACUCGCUGUCACACCGGCGCAUGUCUUUGCCGCUCAGAGAGAGAAAUCUGUUAUUCAUGUGUACAACAGACUCAAGGGAAACCAGGAAGCCACAGUACCUUUUCCCGAGCGCAUACGAAGUGUAGCCGUGGCUGGUGGGCAAAAUGGUGAGGUCGUGAUUUUAGGAACUGAGGGUGGCCGCUUGAUUCUCUGGGAGACAUGUACUGGACGACAAGUCUCGACCACGCCUUCCCACCUCCAGCCAGUAACGUCUCUGGCCGUCGACCCGACGUCCAAUUUUGUUCUAUCCGGAUCAUCUGAUGCCAGCAUACAUGUAUGGUCGAUACCACAAUUAUUGUCAUUUUCCAAGGCGGUAUUGACUGCCCGAGACCAAAGAGCGCCCAAUUCACCUAUUCGAUCAUUUUCAAACCACCGGACAGCGAUUACAGCCUUGGCCGUUGGGCAUGGAAAUGGACGCAAUAAUAUUGCUAUUUCUGCAGCGCAAGAUAAUACAGCUGUAGUCUGGGAGUACAGCACUGGGAAUGUUCUGCGGACGUUUUUGCUCCCGUCCACGGCGAUCUCUAUUACCGUUGACCCGGCAGACCGAGCAUUUUACGUGGGAUAUGCUUCAGGAAAUAUCCAGCGCAUCGACUUUUACGAAGGACAGUCUGUACAACAUCCUCUGCAUGAUGCAAAACUACAAAACACUCCCUCACAGAUCAAUGCCGAAGACCAGUGGGUCGCUCCAUCCACAGACAAGGGCGCUGCAACAGCCUUGGCCUUGUCUUACGAUGGCAUGACAUUAUACUCUGGCCAUCCAAAUGGGUCAGUCCUUUCGUGGGACGUGGCCAGAGGAAAGUAUUCUUCGACAGUCGCCGAGUAUUUAAGUCCGAUAACAAACUUGCAUAUGCUCCAUCCGACUGGAUUCCCAUCCAGCGCCUCCCAAAAUCCUCAUUUCACGAUACCGAAUAUUGUCAAGCCUCAAUAUAACCCGAACGUUUCGGACAUGUCCCAAGGAACUGGAAACACACCGUCAAAUUAUUCAUUCAAUGUCCAAUUAGCCCCAUACUCCCAGGAUAGCUCGGCUAUAUUUUCGGAAGCCCUAACUCAUCCUUCCUUUCCGGCAUCUUUAAUUGAAGAGGGUCUUGCAGAGUUUGCCUCAUUAGGCCAUGGUCAGACAGUCAACAGCUCCGCUACGCACGUAGCCCCAACCAACAACGGGGCUGAUUCUUCACAACUUACCGCCCUUGAAGAAGAAAUAGCCAAUCUCAAGAAACAGCUUUCAGUUAGCGAAGCCGCACGACGAGCCGAGACGGACGAAGUAGUCAAAUUAAAAACCGAUAUACGCGGACUCCAAGACUACAACAAUCAACUACAGCAGGACCAAGCACGUCUAAGCACCGAAAAGACAGCUUCGCGAGCGAGUAAAGAAGACCGUGACUUUCAGCGGCGACAAGCGUGGUUUGAGGCUGAGAAGAAGGGCAAAAACGGGGAUGCUACUCUUAAAAAGGCUCGUACACACGGCGAUACCAGCGGAUCUGAAUGA